AAUGCAUAAUUGCUGACUCCCAAAGUAUCAUCUUCGGUGAUUCAUCAAUUUUAAUCCAACAAUCCCUGAUUCUUGCUAGGCAACCACUCACCUAAAAUAUUUACAGCAAUAACUGCGCAAGGCAGGACAGACAGAAGAGAGACCACUGGCUUUGUGUUAAAGGACUGCACAAUCAUUGAAGAACAUAAGUCUUGCAAGAAAGGUUUCAAGAUCCCAACAUACUUAGGCCGCCCACAGUGAAGAUAUUCAAGAAAGAUCAUAUUAUUCCUGAGGGAUGAACAAUGGGUUUUAGUAGGAUCAAAGGAAGGAACAUGAUUUAUGCUGGAUGUGAAAAACAAUGGGCCUGGAGCCAACACUACCAAACGGGUCAAGUGGGAAGGUUUUAAGGUCAUUAAUAACAAGUUAGAGGCACUUAAACAUGGUCAAAGUGACUUAGAGGCACUUAAACAUGGUCAAAGUGCUUUCAUUCAAUGUAAUUUGUGGCUAGAUAAAACAGGAAUGCCCUACGGUGUUCGGCUGUUGUAAUGACAUAGCAGCAAAGAAACUUUCGGCAUGUAAUGCUUCUACUAUAAAACCAAAAACCGUCAAACGUUGCAUAUACAGAAAGGAAACUCCAUUUUGUGAAUAGGGAUAGUAUUGUUGUAAGGGAUGCCAUGAUCAUAAAAGCUAUAUGAUUGGAGUGUGAUUCUCAGCUUUCGCAUGUGCUUCUUGAAUGCAUUCUUUUACCAUAUUUCAUCUCAUUCCUUUAUUCUGCUUCUUAGUUGGGUCUUCACCUUCAUUAAUUAGAGAUUGCAAUUGGAAGAUGUUUCCAAAUAUCCGACCUUACUAUGACUAUAAUUUAUAAUUUAUUUCCAAAGUCAUUGUCUCCAACGUGCAAGCCUGUUUCCUUCUCUAAGGAAUGAUAGAAUAUGGUUAACACCUUCACGCUAUGAUGACCCGAGUGAAAUCUAAGCCAUGUUGUCUUGUUUUUGUUGUGUGCACGUAUCUUGCCAUAAAACAGAGCCAUAUGGAAAAAUACUUAGCUUCAAAAACCAUGUUCCAUAUGUAUUUGCAUAGCACGUCAUGCUGGCUUUUCUCCUUCAUAAUUGUUAUUACCUCUUCCUCUUUCUCUCUCUAUAUAUAUCUAUUCCUCCAAGAUCACCUUCAUUCGUAUAGCUAAUAAGACUGAAACCCAAAAUCAAUCUAGUUCAAAAUUCCCAGCUAUCUAUAUCUGGCUAGCAAUAUAGAGGCAAAAUGGGAAUGAAAUCUUUGUUUCUAUUCCUUCCAUUGGUUCUUCCCCUUGUAUUAGCUGAUCUAAGGGUUGGCUUUUAUCGAUCAACAUGUCCUCAAGCAGAAUCUAUAAUACUCCAAGUGGUGCAAAAUCGAUUUAAUACUGAUCGUUCCAUACCUGCAGCCUUGCUUCGCAUGCAUUUUCAUGAUUGCUUCGUUAGAGGUUGUGAUGCGUCGAUUCUUAUAGACUCAACCAAGCAGAAACGAUCCGAGAAAGAUGCAGGACCGAACCAGACAGUUCGAGGGUACGAGCUAAUCGAUGAGAUCAAGAAAGCCCUAGAGGCUGCCUGCCCUUCAAUGGUCUCCUGCGCAGACAUCAUAACACUUGCAACUAGAGAUGCUGUGGCUCUAGCAGGAGGCCCUAACUACACAGUACCUACAGGAAGAUGCGACGGGCUAGUAUCGAACAUAGAGGAUGUGAACUUGCCAGGACCAACAGUCACAGUAUCCGAAGCAUUCCAGGUUUUCAGGGCCAAAGGGCUAACCGUUGCUGAUAUGGUAACCCUUUUAGGUGCACACACAGCGGGUGUUGCUCAUUGCAGUUUCUUUGAGGACAGGGUUUCGAAUUUUCAAGGCACUGGGAGUCCUGAUCCGACAAUGGAUCGUAAUUUGGCUGCCAAUCUCAGCAAGAUUUGUGCUUCUCCUAACACUGACCCAACUGUGUUUUUGGAUCAAAGCACAGGUUUUGCGUUUGAUAAUGAGUACUACAAGCAGUUGCUUUUGAAAAGAGGGAUAAUGCAGAUUGAUCAGGAACUUGCGACGGAUAGAUCUAGUGUGGGAAUAGUUUCGAGUUUCGCCAGGAAAGUAAUUGCAUUUAAACAGAGUUUUGCAAAUGCAAUGGUGAAGCUUGGAAGUACUCAGGUUCUUGUUGGAAACGCUGGAGAAGUUAGGACCAAUUGUAGAGUUUUCAAUACCCAAAAGAGAGCUUUUUCACCCAAGAAAACUCGACCAAGGGCAUUGUGAGAGAUUUAA